GCAGCAAAGCCCCUGCUCAACAUGCCAAUUCACAGCACUAUAAUGUAGCUAGAGUUGUGUACACAGUUGUUAAGCGCACAACGGCUUUCUGUUAAUGAGUCCACAACCACGAUGCUGAGGAUGAUGUUUUGAGGUCCUUCAAGGACACUAGGCAACCUUGUCGUAAUUUACUAACUUACUGAUAACCCGAUGAUCUCUUACAUUUGAAACGUCUGUCUAUACUCACGUACAAGGCCUCGGCCUUUCCUAUCACAAGAUGGGUGAGGGCACCAGGUGGUUGGAGUUAAUUAAGUCGUAUGCAGCCAUCAGUUUGUGGGUCGGCGCACUCUUUGCCACCGUUCUGAGCCUGAUCGUGGCAUUAUGGAACCUGCCGGACCCCUACGCUGUUGCCUGGCUGGCCCUCAUGGGCCUGUCACUGGCCAUCCCCCUGGAUCUGCCCACGCCGCGUUGGGCUCGCGCGCUGACGCGCUUCUCGCUGGAGCAGGCCGCGAAAUACCACGACCUCUCGCUCAUCAUUGAAGACCCUGCCGCUCUGCGGCCGGGCCGGCCAUAUGUGGUUGGCUAUGAGCCGCACUCUGCGCUGCCGACGGCGCUGCCGAUGGUGUUCUGCGAGCACAGCCCCAUUGUGCCGCCCGCGCUCAAGUCAGUCAAGACACUCGCCACGUCUGCGUGUUUCUACUGCCCGGUGGUGCGGCACCUGUGGUGGUGGCUUGGCGGCCGCCCGGCAAGCGCGGCGGUGAUGCGGGGGAUGCUUAGUAAGGGUGACUCAGCAUUAGUAUGCCCCGGGGGCGUGCGCGAGUGCCUGCACAUGGAGAAGGGGCGCGAAGCAGUUUUCCUCUCCGGCCGCACCGGCUUUGUGCGCAUCGCCAUGCAGUACGGAGCGCCGCUGGUGCCGGUGUUUGUGUUUGGGCAGACGGACGCGUAUGGGUGGGCCAAGCUGGGCCCCCCGGCGGUCCCCCAGGAGCUCGCCGAGCGGCUGGCGCGCGCCAUCGGCUUCCUUCCCCUCUUCAUGUACGGCGUCUGGGGGACCCCCCUGCCUCGCAAGGUCAAGAUCACCAUGGUGAUUGGCAAGCCGAUUGAGGUGCCAAAGACCGAGCAGCCAAGCAGCGCAGAGGUGGAAAAGUACCUGGACACCUUCAAGCAGGAGCUGUCAGCACUCUUUGAGCGGCACAAGGUGGCAGCAGGGUACCCAAAACUGCAGCUGCUGAUUAUUUGA